AUGGCCUCUACUUCCUCUGGGCAAGAUACCUCUGGUAAUUCGAACAACUCCCAAGCUGCUGCAAAGGACACAAAGCAGUAUACAGAACGCGUUGUGAAGAGUGUUCAGUAUCCGGUGUCGGACCGGCUCAACGUAGAUCAAGUGUUCGACCGGCGGACAGGAAAACCACGCCAUGAUGUACUCAGAGAUUAUUUUAUCAAAGAGGGUCGCAUCGAAGAGGACGCGGCUAUUCGAAUUAUCCAGGAAUGUACAGCAUUGUUUCGACAAGAGAAAACUAUGCUAGACAUAGAAGCACCGGUCACAGUAUGCGGUGACAUUCACGGACAGUUCUAUGACCUCAUGAAAUUAUUUGAGGUCGGUGGAUCUCCAGCCACAACUAAGUACUUAUUCCUUGGAGAUUACGUGGAUCGAGGAUAUUUUUCGAUCGAAUGCGUCCUCUACUUGUGGGCGUUGAAGAUUUGUUAUCCGAACACGUUAUUUCUGCUUCGUGGAAAUCAUGAAUGCCGCCAUUUGACCGAGUAUUUCACUUUUAAACAAGAAUGUAAAAUCAAAUAUUCGGAACGUGUCUACGAUGCGUGUAUGGAUUCAUUUGAUGCUCUGCCUUUGGCGGCGUUGAUGAACCAGCAGUUCCUAUGUGUGCAUGGCGGGCUUUCACCGGAGAUUCACACGUUGGAUGACAUCAAGAGGUUGGAUCGCUUCAAGGAGCCUCCUGCCUUCGGUCCGAUGUGCGAUCUUUUGUGGUCAGAUCCGCUUGAAGAUUUCGGCAGCGAAAGAAAUGCUGAACAGUUUAGCCACAACUCAGUUCGUGGAUGUUCGUAUUUCUAUAGUUACGCUGCAUGCUGUGACUUUCUUCAACACAACAAUCUCUUGUCUAUAAUUCGUGCCCAUGAGGCGCAGGAUGCGGGGUAUCGAAUGUACCGAAAAUCGCAAGCGACGGGAUUUCCUUCACUCAUAACUAUAUUUAGUGCUCCAAAUUAUCUCGAUGUAUAUAACAACAAAGCGGCCAUCCUGAAAUAUGAAAACAAUGUGAUGAACAUUCGACAGUUCAACUGUAGCCCGCAUCCGUACUGGUUGCCGAACUUUAUGGACGUGUUUACUUGGUCACUGCCGUUUGUUGGUGAGAAAGUAACGGAGAUGCUCGUGCAUAUUUUGAAUAUUUGCUCGGAUGACGAGUUAAUGGCCGACGGAGAUGACACUUUCGAAGGUGGAGUCCCAUCGGCACGGAAGGAGGUCAUCCGACACAAGAUUCGAGCUAUAGGCAAAAUGGCGCGUGCUUUCUCUGUUCUCAGAGAAGAAAGCGAGACUGUUUUGGCGCUUAAAGGCCUCACACCAACAGGAACGCUGCCGUUGGGCAUACUUAACGAGGGUAGACGUGGAGUACAAGAGGCCCUCUCAGGAGUACAACCGGGCCAUCGAAUCCAAUCAUUUGCGGAAGCGAAACGACUGGAUCAGAUGAACGAACGUAUGCCACCGUCGAUGGCGACGCCACCCGCUCAGUCGCCGUCAUCCUCACCACAACCGCGUGCGCGUAACGGACCAGAUGCAUAA